AUGACUGAAAAUACUCGUAAACUGUCAAAUGAAGCUGCCGUGGAGCAAGCACAACCUAAUAAACCGCCGCCCCACUAUCCGCUGCUUUGCUCGGUGCGUUUAACCUAUGCAAUAUGCGCCUUCAUUGCUAUGGUUAUGCAUUUAUGCAUGCGCAACACAUUCGAUUUUAGCGUACUGUGCAUGGUUAAAAAGGAUGAAGAUAACUCGAAUACUACACUGGAAACAUUGUCACAGUUUGUUUAUGCAAGAGACAGUUCGCCGUCGAAUGAAAAUCCAAUCCGAGUGGCAUGGACACGUAAACAGGAAUUCAUUAUACAGUCAACAUUUUACUAUGGCUAUGUGGUUACACUUUGCUUCGCCGGUCGAUUGGCAGACAAAUUUGGAGGGAAGUUCUUCUUCAUCCACUCCAUUAUUAUUCAGGCACUGAUAUUCAUUUUGAUACCAUUUGUUGCACGCAUCAGUUAUAUAGCUACGAUGGUUGUGCGUCUAAUGCAAGGUUUAGUGGCGGGUUUUGGAAAUCCUGCCCUAUACCAACUAUUCUCCACAUGGGCCCAUAAAAAGGAGCGUACCGCGUUAUUGUCAAUUGCUUAUGGCGGUUACUCAAUUGGUCCUCUCAUCGCUUUUCCAUUAUCUGCAUUCUUUUGCCACUACAAUUGGGAAUUGACGUUUUAUAUAGUGGGUGUCACUGCUUUGAUAUUUGGAAUUUCGUGUCAUUGGCUGGUAUAUAAUACACUGGAAGAACAUCCGAGAUUAUCAGCAGGAGAGCGCGAUUAUUUGGAAUCAACAAACAAUGAAAAGACGAAAUCAAAAAGCGUACCUUGGAAGAAAAUUCUCUCCUCGCCACCAGUGUAUGCCUUUAUAUUGACGCACGUUUUCCACAGCUAUGGCAUAAUUGUGAUGACAAUGAUGUUGCCACGAUUUUUGAGAGAAGCUCUGGGUUUCUCAAUACCACAAAUGGGAAUAUUCGCAGCAACGCCCUUUUUGGGUGGUAUUAUUUCCAAAAUCAUCACUGUGCCAUUAUGCACAUAUGUUGUAAGAAAACCAAACUAUAAGUCAACACUUUAUGGAAAAAUAUUUUACGUUUUGUGUAAUCUCCUAACAAUCAAGUUACUUGUCAUCAUUGUGUUAACCAGUGAAAAUCAACAUAUUAUUAUUAUAUUGAUGAUUCUGUUUGUGGGUAUAUUCACUGAUAUGGCAUUUUCUGGCGGUUAUUGGCCCAGUUUAUUACACUUAACACCGUCAUAUGCGGGUUUACUUUCGGGAAUUGCAAAUUCUUUUUCAACAUGGAAUGGUUUCAUUUCACCAAUCAUCAUCUCCGCUAUAGCUGUGCAGGGUAACAAGACUGAAUGGAAUUAUGUAAUGGCUACGUUGGGCGUUUCCUACUUUUUAGCCGCCAUUAUAUUUGGCUCAUUUGGAAGCUUCAACUUACAAGCAUGGAACAAAAAUAAUGAAGAAGUCUGAGAUAUUGAUAUUUUGUUGUGUUUUAUUUUUGCAUCUAUUAUAUAGAAUCUUGUAUGUAUGUACGUGUAUAAAUUGUUUUAAUAUUUUACUA